AUGACAGUGGACACUGCGGCUGUACCUGACAAUAAGAAGAAUAAUCUUUCCAUCACGAAACGAGAUCGACGAGAUGUCAUCCGGCAGGUGCGUGAAAUCACCGGCCUUGAUGAAAAUUCAAUAAAUCAAACCAUUGAAGCAUGUAAAGAUGGAACUGGACGUUAUUCACUUGAACAAGUGAUUAGUUUAUUAUUUGAUGAUUCAAAUCUUCGAAAUAAUCUUCAACGAACAGCACAACCAUCAAAUAAUUCUUCGCAACAAACAUCUAAUGUACCUAUUAAUAAUCCAAUAGCCGCAGGUCCCUCAUAUGAUCGAAAUAAUGAUACAAUAACAGAUGAUGUUAUCGAAAUUUCACCUGAAAUUGAUAAUCAACAACCAACUGAUGAUGAAUUAGAACGUGCUCUUUUAUUAUCACGUGAAACAAUGGAACACAUAAUUGAUGAAUCUGAUAUAGCUGAACGAAAAAGUUUAGAUGAACCAGCUGGAUUAAAAAAUGUUGGAAAUACUUGUUGGUUUAAUUCAGUUGUACAAGCUCUUUAUACAUUACCUUAUUUUCGUCAACUUAUUUUAAAUUUUCAAUAUCCUACAAUAAAUCGUUUAUUAACUGAUAGUGAACAACAAGCGAUUUGUUUUACUGAAGAAUUAAGAUAUUUAUUUGCAUUAAUGUUAAAAUCACCAAGACGAUCAAUAAACCCUGAUAGAGCUAUUAAAAAAUUUAAAAAUACAAGAAAAUUAUGUGGAGUAGAUUUCUCACAUGAAGAUUGUUCCGAAUUUGCUAUGCAUCUGAUUGAUCUUAUUGAACUUGCCUAUGAAACAAUUGGAAAAAAUUUAUUAAAUAUUGAUAAUACAACACCAAUGAAUUUUAUUAAUCCUGUAAAUACACUUGUUACAGGUGAAGUGGUUGUUGAAAGAAAUGAACAUAUAUCUAUUCGAGAAGCUUUAAGACAAAUAAAUAUUCAAAUGAUUGAUUCAAGUAAUAUUUAUGAUGGUCUUGAAACUCUUUUGCUUGGUUCAGCUGAUGAAAGUCUUUGUAAUCAACAAGCUAUUGUUGAACAACGAUGGUUAACACGUUUACCACCUGUGUUAUUUAUUUGUCUUAAUCGUUAUCGUUUUUCUCAUACAACAAAACAAGCAUCAAAAAUCAUAGCACCAUUUGAAUUUUAUCCUGAACUUUAUCUUGAUCGUUAUAUGUUAGUAAAUAAAAAUGUCACUUCAAAUAAACGUAAUAUUGCAAAAACACUUUAUGCUCAAUUACAUGAUUUAGAAAAUACAUUGAACAGUUAUUUGAAGUAUCCAUGUAAUGAUGAAUCAUUUGCACUUGCCAAUGCAAUUCGAGUAGUUUAUGAAUUUGCUACUGGUUGUCGGCUUAAUCCAACAUUACCGAAAAGGGCGGACUCAGUUUCCUCUGAUCAAACAACAACAAAUCGUGUUCGACAAUAUCCACAAGCGCCUAUUCAACCUUCACAUAUAUCACCUGAAGAACUUCAAUUCAUUCAAAAUGCAUUACCAGUAUGGUUAACAGAGGUUGAAGCUAAAUGUGCUAAUAUUCGUGAGGAAAUUCAACGUUUAAAAACUGAAUUAAGACAAUUAUAUGAUGAACCACAAUUGAAACAGGUACGUUAUACAUUACAUGCCGUUUGUGUACAUGAAGGAAGUGCAACACUUGGACAUUUUUGGACAUAUGUUUAUCAUAAUGAUCGACAAAAAUGGUAUCGUUAUAAUGAUAAUGAAGUUUGUGAAACUACAUGGACAGAUGUAUUCGAUGCGGGUAUUGGUGGUCAACGAACACAAAAUAAUCGUGAAGAACCACGUGUACCAAGUGCCUAUUUAUUAGUCUAUAUAAAUGCUGACCAAAAAUUGAUAUCUAAUGAUAUACAAUAUGAACUUCCAGUUGAUCUUCAACGAGUUUUAGACGAUGAUUUAGUUUUAUUACAACAACAAAUUGAAAGUAUUAAACUUGAACAACUUCAUAGUGAUUUAAAAUCAAUAUGUGAACGUAUUGAAAAGCAACAACCUGUUCAUCGUGCACUAACGAUUCCUUUUUUUGCUGGACCGAAUGCACCUAGUGAUUCGGAAAUCGUUAAACCUGUACUUGAUUCAACGUUACGUAUUUUAAAAACAUAUGGACCAAAAAUUCUUUCAGUUGAAGUUGAUCGUUUACUCCAAGAGAUUGUUGAAAAAGAAAUCAAAACUUAUUUACAUACAGCGAAUAUGAUAACGUCAGCAUUACCACAUAAUGAUUAUCGUUUACAACAUGUUCUUUCAUAUUUAUCAGCAAAUCGUGUUGAGACAAUCUAUAGACAACGUGUCAUGUAUGAUAUAAUAAGACUUGCAACUUUUCCAAAUGAUGAUAUUAGAUUAAGAAUAUUUAAAUUACAAGCACAAAUUAUUUGUAAUGAAAUGCAAAUGUCUAAUGAUGAAGUUCAAGAAUAUCAAAAACUUCUUACCGAUUAUAAAGAUUUUCGGUCAGUUAUCGCUGCAUUUCUUGCUGGUUGUCAAUUGAUGAAUGAAGAUAAAUUUGAAGAAGCAAUAACAUAUUUUUGUGUUGCUUGUGAAUACAAUUUACGUCUUUCAAAACAAUGUACAUUGCCUAUGAGAGCAAUGGAUAGUUGUCUUUUAUUUAAAGCUCGUCGAUUAUGCUUUGAAAGAUGGAAUGAUGUUGUUAUAAAUCGUUUUAAAACAGAUCCUGAUUAUCGUCUUGAUACAAUGACACAUCAAUUUCUUCCUUGUUUAAUGCAACUUAAACUUAGUUCAGAAGAAGAUCAAGUUUACAUAACAGAAAUUCAACGAGUAUGGUGUUUAUUACUGGAUAAAUUAGAACCAACUGAACGUUCCUUAUCGCUUGAAGAAUUUCUUCAACGUUUACUUGAACAACCAAUUGGUCAACAUUAUCAUUCAGUAUCAAUAAAUAAACAUCAAUUAGUUGAACGAUAUGAUGAAGCUGUACGAGAUCUUAUACAUCGAUAUCCAUCAUUUUCAGGUAAUACAACAGAACAACAACAACAACAACACCAACAACAAUCUCCUAAUCGAUCAAAUCGAACAUCAGUUUUAACUGCACCUGUCCCAAUUCCAGUUGUUAUACAACAAGAACAACAGAAUCGUGUACCUGAAAAUAUGCCCGUUAUUGAUCCACGUGGUUCAUCACCAAUGCAACAAGGUGAUGAUGAACAAGAUUCAUCUUUGCCACCUUCAUCUUCAUAA